GUUUCCCCAAGUCACCGCUGACUAGGACAAAGGAUUCGCUACCCAUGGCUCCCACUCCUAACCCCCGUGUUAUCUAUAAAGCAGUCCCAAAGGAAUAUCCUAUCCCUGGAGAGCAUUUGGUAUACGAGUCGGACAGCGCAUCCAUCGACCUUGACAAUGUGGACCUCCAUGGCGGUGCCUUAGUGAGGACCGUUUACAUAUCCCUCGAUCCCUACUUGCGGGGUACCUUGAGGGAUCCCUCUGUCCAGAGUUAUAGAGCCGCUAAUCCCCUCGGAAAACCAAUGAAAAGCAGGACCAUAUCCAAAGUUAUUCGCUCUGAAGACCCUGAUUUCAAGUCAGGAGACUAUGUGCUAUCGCUAAGUAGCGACUGGUCGCUGCACGCUGUUCUGACUAAGGCAAACGGUCUCAGCAAACUCCAGAAGCCGACUAAUGCGUCAUUAUCAACUUACGCCGGCGUUCUGGGAAUGCCCGGUUUAACAGCAUUUCUCAGUCUCCGCGCAUUCGGUAGGUUGAAAGCUGGUGAAACUCUCUUCGUUUCUACGGCCGCUGGAGUUGUUGGAAGUGUGGUAGCACAACUCGCCAAGCUCGCGGGACUGAAAGUUAUUGGUUCCACCGGUGAUGACAGUAAAGUUGAAUGGCUUAAAGAAGAGCUCAAGUUGGAUGUUGCAUUCAACUACAAGACAACCAAGGUGGCGGACGUCCUGAGGGAACAUGGUCCUAUAGACAUCUACUAUGAUAAUGUUGGCGGAGAGACUUUGGAUGUAGCCUUUCAGCAUAUAAACAAGUUUGGUAGAGUCAUUCUUUGCGGAUUCGCUAGCGAGUACAACAAGGGUGAUAGACCUAGUUAUGGCAUCAAGAACCUCUCAUCCCAAACUAUAUCCAAGACACUCUCGAUCAACGGGUUCGUCAUCUCCGACAUUACCGAUAAAGAAGGGCUCGAUGCGUUCGAAAAAGAAUAUCGACCGCUUGUGGAGAAAGGGCAGAUCAAAUACCAGGAAACUAGGUAUCAAGGGCUUGAAAAAACUCCCGAAGCUUUCUUGGCAAUGUUUAAAGGGCAGAAUUUCGGGAAGACUGUUGUCGUCGUGUCGGACGAGUAAAGAAUUUUAAAUUUAGGGGAACCCCCCCUUUUUUUUUAAAGUCUCCUCCGUUGGUGCGAUCUUCAUGAUGUACUACUGCCCUGCGCCGAGCUAGCUAGCUAGGUCACCGUAGGUGAGCCUCAAACGUAAUGGAAUCAAAUAAUAAUUGGUGCAAUACAAGAAAAGAAUACCAUCCGC